UUGUUGCGCCGCUGCCUCACCGGGCGGGGGAUGCCAUGCAGGCGGCAACUCCCCCUGGCGCUCUGGCGACCCCGGAUGCCUCCCCGCCCCCACUAGUCCCUCCCUCCCCGCUGCCCCACCGGCGGCGCAGUCCCUCCCUCCCUCCCUCCGGAGGCGCUCGGUGGAGGCUCAGGCGCGCGCGGGGGGACGCUCCGUCGGCUCUAGGCGCCGGCGGAGCUCGUUCUGCUCUGGGAGCGGCGGGAGUACGAGCAGCAGGCGCCGGCGCUGCAAGACUCCUUCGAGAAGGCCGGUAGCUGCUAGGCAUGGAGGGGGCGUCCGGUGCCGGCGCGAAGGGCCUUCGGCAGCCGCCCCUUCUCUGUGCCUCGCUUGGGAUGGUGGCGGCUUCUUGGCGGAGUUUGUGAAUUGCUUCCCCGCUCGAGGGGAGGGGCGGCCGUACGCGGGCUGUCGGUCAGCCCUUUGGCCAGAGCCGGAGAACGAGGCACCCAAGUCCUCAGCCGCGGCAGGACCGUUGCCUGCCUGCCUGCCUUGACUGUGCCUCGGCAGCUCCUGGCUGCGUCCGAAGUCGGCGAGGAGGAUGGAGCCGCCGCCGCCGCCCUGCUCGAAGAAGAGCCUGUCCCUCUCACUGCCCGUGCCGCGCGAGGGGCAGGCCACCCUGAAGCCUCCCCAGCACCUUUGGCGGCAGCCCCGGACCCCCAUCAAAAUCAAGCAUCGCGGCUACUCGGACACGGACAGGCACCCGCACCGGCAGAUCGAGAGGGCGGACGCCAUGGACACCAGCGACCGGCCGGGACUGAAGAAAUCCCGCAUGUCCUGGCCGUCGUCUUUCCACGGGACCACCAGCAGCGGUAGCGGCGGCGGCAAGCGCUUCGAGGUGGAAAAUGGCCCGUCACCUGGGCGCAGCCCACUGGAUUCCCAGGCCAGCCCUGGUCUGGUGCUUCACCCCAGCUUUCCACAGAGCCAGAGGCGGGAGUCCUUCCUGUACCGUUCGGACAGUGACUAUGACAUGUCACCGAAGACCAUGUCGCGCAACUCAUCCGUCGCCAGUGAAGUACAUACUGAAGACCUGAUAGUGACACCAUUUGCCCAGGUCCUGGCGAGCCUGAGGAGUGUGCGUAAUAAUUUCUCCAUCUUGGCAAAUGUUCCUACACCAACAUCCAAUAAGAGGUCUCCCAUGGGCAGCCAGCCAGCUGUUUGCAAAGCCACACUCUCAGAAGAAACAUACCAGCAACUGGCCAGAGAGACCUUAGAAGAGCUAGACUGGUGCCUUGAUCAGCUGGAGACCAUUCAAACAUACCGCUCUGUCAGCGAGAUGGCAUCCAACAAGUUCAAAAGAAUGCUGAACCGUGAACUAACCCACCUCUCUGAAAUGAGCCGCUCUGGAAACCAGGUCUCUGAAUACAUUUCCAACACCUUCUUAGACAAGCAGAACGAUGUGGAGAUCCCAUCCCCAACACAGAAAGAGCGGGAGAAGAAGAAACGACAGCAACCCAUGUGCCAGAUCAGCGGCGUCAAGAAGCUCAUGCACAGUUCCAGCCUGACCAAUUCCAGCAUCCCCCGUUUUGGGGUCAAAACUGACCAGGAAGAGCUGCUCAGUAAGGAACUGGAAUACCUAAACAAGUGGGGCCUUAACAUUUUCCGGGUCGCCGAGUACACCAACAAUCAGUCGCUCAGCUGCAUCAUGUAUACAAUAUUCCAGGAAAGAGACUUACUGAAAACUUUCAAAAUCCCCGUGGACACGUUAGUUACUUACAUCAUGACGCUAGAAGACCACUAUCAUGCCGACGUGGCCUACCACAACAGCCUCCAUGCUGCUGACGUCACGCAGUCCACGCAUGUCCUCCUGUCAACACCAGCCUUGGAUGCCGUUUUCACUGACCUGGAAAUCCUGGCUGCAAUAUUUGCUGCUGCCAUCCAUGACGUGGACCAUCCUGGUGUCUCCAACCAGUUCUUGAUCAAUACCAAUUCGGAGCUGGCACUGAUGUACAACGAUGAGUCGGUGCUGGAGAACCAUCACCUAGCGGUGGGUUUCAAACUGCUGCAGGAGGAGAACUGUGACAUUUUCCAGAACCUGAGCAAGCGACAGCGGCAGACCUUACGAAAGAUGGUCAUUGACAUGGUCCUGGCUACCGACAUGUCCAAACAUAUGAGCCUCUUGGCUGACCUCAAGACAAUGGUGGAGACAAAGAAAGUGACCAGUUCAGGGGUGCUGUUGUUGGACAAUUACACUGACAGAAUACAGGUCCUGCGGAACAUGGUUCACUGUGCAGAUUUGAGCAACCCCACGAAGCCAUUGGAGCUCUAUCGGCAAUGGACGGACCGGAUCAUGGAAGAGUUCUUCCGGCAGGGUGACAAAGAGCGGGAGCGGGGCAUGGAGAUCAGCCCCAUGUGCGACAAGCACACUGCCUCUGUGGAGAAGUCACAGGUGGGAUUCAUUGACUACAUCGUGCACCCGCUGUGGGAAACGUGGGCAGACCUGGUCCACCCUGAUGCACAAGACAUUUUAGACACCCUUGAGGACAACAGGGACUGGUACCACAGCAUGAUACCCCAGAGCCCCUCUCCUCCUCCAGAUGAUGCAGGGAAGGACGACGAGGCCUGUCUGGAGAAAUUCCAGUUUGAACUGACCCUGGAGGAAGAGGGGGAGGACUCUGAACCAUCCGACAAGGACCGGAGUAGCCCCGGCGAUGAGGAGAACAGCUACUAUACUGCAACAGAGGAACACCAACAGGAGUCCCAGGAAGGGCAGGACAGACUAACAGACGACACAGUGAACAACACGUCUCCUGGCACAUCAUGACUCUGGGGCAGAAGGAGGGACCCUUGGAAAAGCAAAAACACACAUGAAAGUUUUCACGUGGGAGGGGCGGGGAUAAAAAACGGGAAAAAUCAUUUUUUAUUUUUAUUGUAUUUUUUAUAAAAAGAAAAUCAACAAAAAAAGGGAAUAUACACAGCAACUGUAGAACCAGGUUGGCCCAAGCAGGGGCAGCAGCCUGCUGCUUCAGUGACCAACCCCGAGCACUCCAGAAAUAGUCUUACCUUUCAUUUGGCUUUUUUUGUUUUGUUUUUCGUUGUUGCUGAGUGGUUGUCCUUUGGUUCUUAUUAUUUUAUUUUGCUGUUUUGAAAAAAGACUGGUGCAACAAGGAACAGAAGGGGGAGGGUGCUGAUGAUGAUAGGCAUGUAGUGGCAGAGGCCAAGCAGAUGGAUUUAAGGGGGGGAAAUAGUACUUUAAGCCAUUUGUAGUAAAACAAAGCAGAGACACUGGAGGACUUCAACACCAAAAACCAGUCAUAACUUAACCCCCCCCCAACUCCCUAACUUCAGACAUGCCCUCCUGGGGUUUGGCUUGCGUGGUGCCUUUAUCCCUUUGCCCAUCACAGCAUAACCCUCCUAGCUGGAAGACUAAGUUGGGGGAAUCGUGGGGAGGGGAGUUUGAAAAACGUUUAUUUUUGUAAGUUAUUUUUUUUAAGCUACUGCUAAUUUAUUUUUGUGAGUUUAUAUAGAUUUUAUUUUGGACUGAUAAGAAGAAAGGACUUUGCCUUUUUUCUUUCUUUUUGGAGCAUUUUUUUUAAAAAAACGUGGUUUGCAGGUAGGGAAUUCUUUUUUGCCAUAAGAUUCUCCCAGAAGCAAAUGGGAGGACAUUACUUUUUUUUUAAAAAAAAAGGGAACGAGAAAUAAGCAAAACAUUUUAUCUGAGUUUCCAAAUAGCCAAGUCUUCCUCCGUUCAUCAUGUUGCACGCACACACACACAAGGCAAUACGGCCAGGGCUGAAUGGUUAGAGCUGGCCAACUUGCUCAGACAGCUCCAUCGGGGACCUCAGGUGUGAGUAUUCCUCUCCCAGCGAUGGGGAUGGGAUGGAGAGAGAGGGGCUGAUUUGCAGCCUUCCUAACCCAAGAGGAGAGAGGAUUUUUUCAGUGAAGUUUAGUUAAGCACUAAUUUGUAAGUUACUGUCUUUAUCCAUGUCUGAACACUUGUGAUUUGUUAGUUGAUGAAUCUCUAAACUGCAGUAUCCCAUAAUCCCUCUUUGCUGUUUACAGGUUUGUCAAUUAGGAAACCAGGUCUAUUAACCAUGCUCACGUGCAUGCACACACAAUUUGCAAAUGCCGCUAGGCUGAUUUUUUUUUCAAACAAGUCUGUAUAAAUGAAACCUGGGCCUUUAUUUAUGUGCAAUGCAAUGUAAUGUGGCUGGAUCACAUAGAUUGUAUGGUGGGAGUAGUGGGUAGGGGUAGGGGCUUUAUUAAUUUCCAAGGAUACAGGCUCUAACACUCUUGGUUUCAUAGGUGAGGAUCCCCCUCAGACUCCACCUUCUUCCCAAAAAAUUACUGUGCCCAGAACCCCCACAUCUUUCUCCCAUUCUUGUGACAUAAGCCAAUAGUUAUUUUUAAAAUCCUAGGUCUGGUUUCAGAGAAGCUCUAGCUUUCAGAGCUCAAGUUAAUAAAACAGAAGGUCAGAUCUAUGGGAAAUUCAACCCAAGGAGGAGUUGAAGCAGUGUGCAGAUUUCUUCCCUUAGGUUGCUUGCCUUGAAGUCAAAUAUGGAGACAACUUUACCACUUGAACAAAAGUAGCCAAGGCAAAGGGGACCUGCCAUUUGUGUGUGUCUUUGCCUCUGCGGGGCUCAUCAGUGGUGUAUAGAUCUCCAUGCCAAAAGUUGCUCUGCUGGCCAGAUCCCUCCUGAUUCCGUUCUUGGGCACAGAACAACAAACCUAAGCAGCCUACUCCUGAUGUUCCUCCCAGAAAAGCAGGGUCUGCUGCCUGACCUCUUCACCAGAAAGCACCCUGAGAGAGAGAGAGAGAGAGAGAGAGAGAGAGAGAGAGAGAAGAUUCCCCCCCCUCGAAUCUGCUCUGUGGGAUUCCAAAAGGAGAUCAUUUGUGGCUGCUUAUAUUCUUUGCCUUAACCAACCAGUGGAGUUUAAUUUCCUCUUAAUAUCCUGCAUCAUUGUCCUUCUGACAUGAAGCGGGUGAACUUUUCUCCAUCCAAAAAUGCCUUGCCCCACCCUUGGAUGGACUUUCUCCUUUGCUCUGGGGAUAUCACACCGUUCCAUGGACAAGCAGUACUAGGGAAUCCAGUCUUAAGAACCACAGGAAACAAGCAUCCUGGGCUCCCUUGUGAUGUGCCACGUGCGGGAGCCUUGGCUGGCUGGAUUGAAUCUUAAGGAUCACUUACCACCCCCCUGGCUAGAGGGCCUGACCUCUCCAUUUGGGGGGGGGGCAGCGGGAAUGUGGGAUAGCUGUAAAAGAAAUGAAUUUUGUGUGGGUUGGUCUCAACAGGGGGAACUGUGAGACUGAACAAGUGGACCUGAUCCAGCUUCUCUCCCAGUCGGGGAGAGCACAGGGCUAUCUUUUAGCCUAUCUUACAUGGCCAACCGGGGCUGGCAUGUGUCUCCUAAUCUCUCCCUUCCAUGUAAGAGGUGAAGCAAUAACAAGUGAGGUCCCCAUUCCCAUCCUCAUCCUCAUCACUACGCUGAGCUUUUGAACCAAAGCCAUGUCUCCUCCUUUGCAGUGUUUCCAUCCCACCCACUUUAUAUAGGCUUCUGUUUGGCCAGCUCUCCUAGUACAUAGGUUCAGGCAGGUGGCACACAGCCUUUUGGAACUUUUCCCACCCAACCAUGGUAAGGGUGAUGGUGCACCCAGGGGAUGCUGCCCAGACAACUGGGGUGGGAUGGGGAGCAGUGCUGUUGUGCUGCUGCUUUGACAGGCUAUUCUUACUUGAGCAUUCCAGAGUUGCUGGCCAUUUUGACCGCCUGGAUUCCCCUGCCGCUUUGGCAGACCUGCAUGGAGCGCCUCUCCAAAGCGGCAGUCCCAUGGAACACCUGCCAGCCGCAGAACUCGCUCACCCACCCACCCUGCAUUGGCAGUCUCUGCUUGAAAGCCAAUGUAGGGGAUCUCCUUCCCAACCCAAGGAGAACAUGGCCAUUUCUGAACACAGUACUGUAGCCGUUUGUUUUCACUUUUCUUUCUUGAAGCCUCAACUGAAGAAAAAGGAAGGAAAGAAAGAGGAUACCUUUCUUUCUGAUUUGUGUAUAGCUUUUAUUUUUGUAUGCAUUUCUGUUCCACUAGUUUGUUGGGUCGGGUUUGGACUGUACAUAGUUGUGAAUAAGCAGAUUGUAAAUUAUUCUAAAAAAGAGUAAAAGAAUCUUACACACCAUACCCCCCUUUCCCUCCUGGCCCUUCCUCAACCUCUUCCCACCCGCUCCCCAAACUCCUGCCCUGGGCCUGUAUUGGAGAAGCAUCCCUGCAGAGCAAGGAGGUCUCUGGGAGGCCCUCCAGCAGCAUCCUCUCCUCGAGAACUCUGGGACGUGGGCCCUGGCCACCCAGUGCUCCUGUCUGUGUAUUUAUGGUGUAAUAUAGACACACUGGAAAUUGUACAGUUGUCAUUUUUCCUUGCAGUGUCAUCAGUCAGCUGUUGCAAUGUUCUCUCUCGAAUGUUACCAAAACCGUUCAGCAGCCGAGCUCACAAUAAACCAGGAGGGGGGGAUUCUCUGUACCUGUGAC